UCCUCCCGUGGCUCCGCAAAAGCAGCAGCAGCAGUAAUUUGCUGAUUGAGUGUGCAGAAAAAUUGGAAAAAAAGUGAUUUACCGGAUCGGAAUUCUCGUUCAGCACUUCCAGAACCAGUUGCAUUUUGUUACCCCCGAGCUGUUGUGAAAACGUCAUACGACAACAAUGUCUGCCCCUGAAGGUACUUCGAAUGGUUUUCCUAAAUUACCACCCCCACCGACUGGCAGAACCCAACCGACCGGAAGCAACCAUACCGCCGGCGGGAACCGACUGCAGCAGACACAGGCCCAGGUCGACGAGGUGGUCGGUAUAAUGCGCGUGAAUGUGGAGAAGGUACUGGAACGGGACCAGAAGCUGUCGGAACUGGACACCCGAGCGGAUGCCCUUCAGCACGGUGCAUCGCAGUUCGAACAGCAGGCCGGUAAACUCAAGCGGAAGCAGUGGUGGGCCAACAUGAAGAUGAUGAUCAUCAUGGGCAUCAUCGGAGUGGUUCUGCUGAUUAUCAUCAUCCUUUGGCUUGUACCGGACAAUUCCCAAUAAAAACUGUAUUCGAACUGGUGAUUAGGUGUAGCGCAGAAGUACUUAACAUAUCCACUGUCAUGGUAAGUUUAUCGACAUGAAUUCAGUAUCGGUGAUGAGUCAAAUUUGCUUAAUGGCGUUUGUAUUCCUAUAUUCUUAUUGAACUUCUAUAAAUAACUGAACAUUAAUACUAUAUCACUAUCAAAUCAUAAAACUAUUAAAUCGUUGAAAAUCUA